AUGUCGAGAGAGAGAGAAAGAAGAAAGGAAAGAAGAAGGGAAGCACCUCCUUCUCCUUCCCACAUAUGGCGCCACACAGCCUUGUCCCUGACUCUUCUCUGCCUUCUGCUGCUCGUUGGAUUGGGAGUCUUAGGAAGCAAGUUUUACAGAAGUUUGAAGAUAGAAAUGGAAAAAUUGGAUAAACUACAAAAUAUCAAUGAAGAACUUCAGAGAAAUAUUUCUCUACAACUGAUGAAUAACAUAAGUAGCUCCAACAAGAUCAGGAACUUCUCCAUCACACUGCAAAAAAUAGCCACUAAAUUAUGUUAUGAGCUAUAUAGAAAAAAUCCAGAGCACAAAUGUAAACCUUGUCCAAAGAGAUGGAUGUGGCAUGAAGACAGCUGUUAUUUGCUAUGUAAUGAUACUCAACCAUGGCAAGAGAGUAAAAUGGCAUGUGCUGCUCAGAAUGCCAGCCUGUUGAAGAUUAACAACAAGAGUACAUUGGACUUUAUAAAAUCCCAGCGUUUAUAUGACUAUUGGCUGGGAUUAUCUCCCAGAAAAGAUUAUGUCUACUCCUACUAUGAGUUGGAUAAGAUUUUCAACUCCUCUGACUGGGAAAUAAGAAACACAACUGACUUAAAUGAGAGGUAUUGUGGAUAUCUAAGAGGAAUAUAUGUUGAUUAUGAUGACUGUGUAAAAGGAAAAAAAAUGAUAUGUGAGAAGAUGGCCAAUCCAGUGAAGACUGAAAGUAUACUAACCAGUGACGUUCCAGAUCAAAGAAUGUAGUUAGUGCAAUUACUUUGUUUCAGUUAAUAUUCUGCAAGUGCAGGCA